CUGAAGAUAUUACUACAGAAUUAAUCAGGAUUUUGACUCAAUUUAUAACAAAAUACUGUCACAAUACUGGUCUGGAUAUGCAAAAAAUCUGCAAUAUACAAAAUGACAAUACUAAUAUUGAAACAAACAGCUCUACUAUUAAUAUUGAACCUAAUAAUCGGCAACCUUUAAUUGAUACAAGUUCAAGAUAUAAUAUUACUAAACAAAAACCUAAUCGUGAACAGAGAAUAUGUAGCUAUUGUUUAGAUAAAGGGCAUAAUAUUUGUAGAUGUACUCAAUAUAAAGCUGAUUUAGUUAAUAAAGAAAAUUAA